UGCUAUUUUAACACAGGGUAUUCCCCUUGAAGAGAGUACAUUCAGGGUCUCAUCAGAUCUGACUGGUUCGGCUUGGCUAGAACUUUAACACACGCACGGCUACUGUAGUACUAGACGAAGUUUUGCAGAAACAUUUUGUAGUAACUUUCGCUUUUUCCCUUUCGUAUGUAAACGCUAAAGAUUAACUUUAAAAGUCUGUAUUUAUUUUAUUUUCAUGUUGCUCUUUCUUAUUUUAUAAAGCACUGAAAAUAGAGAAGUCUUCGGUGGCAUGAAACGACACACUUCAUUCGUUGUGCUACAAAAAAGAACGGACAGUUUAGAUCUGACUUGUGGUCAAAUUUACAAGGAUCUAAUCUCAGCUGAAGCACAGCCCUGUGAGGGAAAUAACGUUGGACUUUAAAGUUAAAUUACACAACCAUGGAUAAUAGGGGAGACAGAAAAAAAGAGGCAGACGAUCCUUCUGAAGAGAUCUGCGAUUCAGGAUUUGAUUCAGUUUCAGAUUCCUUCAGAUCGAUAAACCAAGAAUAUCACCGUAAUAUUAAAAAAGAAUCACCAAAGGAGGCCGAUGAUGGCGAUAAACUUGACAGUGUUGCAGAGGACAGGCUGGAUUCUUCCUAUGGGUCUUCAUCCAUUUCAUCAGAAAACCUGUCGGAAUUUUUACAAAGUUGCAAAAUUACAGAAGAAAAAUACUCAAAAAGGCCAGAAACUGAAGGACUUACCCAACAAGAAAUAGAGAUCUUAACUUCAAUCAACGAAGAUGGAGACACGAUUUUACACCUUGCAAUAAUUCAUGAGGAACAACAUUUUGCACUCUACUUGAUUUCCCUGUUUCCAAAAGACUUUCUUGACAUGCAGAAUGAUCUCUACCAGACACCUUUACACUUGGCUACGUACCUGAAUCAGCCAGUAGUGGUUCAAGCCCUGGUAGAAAAAAAGGCGUGCUUAGAGUUACAGGAUCAGGAUGGCAACACGCCUCUCCACGUGGCAUGCGCCCAGGGAUACCUGGAAUGUGCCAAUGAGCUGACUAGAGACAAUGUGGACGCACAUAGCAAUGUAUUGAAGAUGCAGAACUGGAGAGGUAUGACUUGCAUGCACGUAGCAGUACUCCAGGGAAACCAUCAAUUCAUUGAGCUGUUAAUGAGGAAGAAAGCAAAUAUUAAUGUUCAGGAGGGCACCAGUGGGAAGACACUGUUGCAUCUCGCUGUGGAGCUUCAUGACCAGUCCCUCGUUUCGCUGCUGUUGAAGAAGGGGGCUAAUGUAGACAUGGUCAUGUAUAACGGCUGCACACCACUGCACCUGGCCGUUGGGAGGCAGGAUGCCAGCAUUGCCAAUCUUUUGUGCCAGUCUGGAGCGGACAAAUUAUUGAGGAACAUGGAGGGUGAGACAGCUCAAGACCUUGCAGAUGGAAACAAUGAUAUACUCGCUCUGUUUCCAUUUGAUGACAUACAGAUUUCAGGUAGGUCUGUGGUGAACUUUUGAAGAGUCACAACAUGACAAGGAAAAAGACUUUAAAAAGAAAAUUAUCCAAAGUCAGUUGAGUAACUUCCGCUAGGAAAAGAGGCACUGACAGAAGGAGGUGACCCUGGAGGCCAAUGACCUAGGAUGUAUGACGGCUUCUGGGCUGCUGUUGGUUUUUGUACAUUUGGGUUUUAAAAAAAAAAAAAAAAAAAUCUGUAUAAAAGAUUCUUCUUCGCUGAAGAAAGGGGGCCAGUGAUGAGGUUACUAAUAAGAAGUAUUUUUUUUUUUUGUCUUGGUUCUCCCCCUUGGUUAUUCCUUGGACAAAAUGUUGUUUGUAUGAAACAAAUACAAUGUCAAUAUAUACAUUUUACUGAAAAAAUAAAUAUAUACAUAUUAAACUUUUGUUAUUUACUCACAUUUGAGCUAUUUUUUGAAAAAUUCACUGUUGACUGUUUGUUGAUAAAUCCAUGUUUUUCAGUUAAAUUGCAUGUUUAACUUUUUUUUGCAUAUUCAUUAUAGAAAGGAUUUAAUUAUAGUACACAUGUGAGGAGUCCUUAGCUAUGGCCAUGUUACACAUUUGAAGGGUACAGUUGUUGGUGAUGGUAAGGGGUUUGUUUAGGCCAUAGGUGGUCAAAGGGGGCCCUUUCUUUCCCGGUCAUUAUCCCAACUGUGUUCUUAAUUGGUUAGUUAACUCAAGUAAAUCUUAAGUUGUAAUUAUUUAAGUAUACCUAUUAAAUCUGGAGUGGAAUUGUGCCCAUACCAGGGCUGGGCAAGUUUGUUUCACAAUGUGUCUGCCUUUAUUUCCUUUUGAAACAAAUACAAAAAGUUAUUUAGAAGCCUUUCUGCUUUUAUAUUUUUUUGCAAGAGCUGUUAAUAUUUUAACUUUAGGACACUUUAAACAAUAUGUUCUUUUCUGCCUGUGAACUGUAUCACAGCAAACUGUAACUAUCAACAGCUUACCCUUUUCUUAAGGCUUGUUUGUAGUUUUGUUUUCUUAACUUUUUCAUAUCCUUAAUAGUACACUGAUUGUGUGAAUACUAUGUAAUUAAUAUCAAAAUAUUCAUGAAGAGUACUGGAAAUCAACCCCUGCAAGUAUGCAUGUGAACUUAAGAUUGAAUAAAAAGUCUUAUAAAGGUGGCAUUCUGGUUUAGUGUACACAACAGGAUCUGUGGCUCAGACUUUGUCACAAACGAUGCUACAAUAAGUUGCCUGCAAAGAAAAAAAAAGACCCACUUUCUUUCUGCACCAGUCCAGUUACAUGUGGCCUGUUCUUUCUAAUAUGCCUUUAUUAGUGCAAGCCCGAUCUUGAGGCUGCUGCUGAAAUAUGUUUUAUUGUACAAUUAUUGAUGGUGUUGAGUGAGUGUUUAAUAAACAAAGACUCUUAUUAUUUAACACAUUAAGUGUGUCAUAAUUGUUGGGCAAGCAGAGGCUGUAUGUUGUACUGCAUUUCUUGCAUGUAUCUAGAGGACCACGUAUCCAGUUGCAUAAGUAAUUGAUUGUAUCAGAAUGUGCAGGUAAAUACUGUGUCCUGUCAAGAUCACACAACACAUUGUCUUAGGAUUUCAACAUCUAAGUGGUUCUAAUUGCAGUUACUCAAAUAUUGUGUUUUUUGUGUUUAGAUUAAGUCUACAUUAAUGUGCUUUUACUGGAGUUCAAGCUGCUUUUUAGUUUAAGUUGGCUGAGAUAGAUAUAACUGGCUAAAUCACACAAAGUGCCUUUAUUUAAGUAAGAGCCAGCAAAGUGUUCUGAAACAGUUCCUUCACAAUUAAAGCACCAGACAUUAUGAAAUGCAUGAUUUAUUAAUAUUUUUAAAGUAGCGACUGAUCGACUAGUUGUUCUACCGCUAUUAGGUAGUUUUAGGAAAAUAGUCUCAAAAAUGUUCACAAAGGUUCACACACAUAAUCAGGGAGAAAAAAAAACUUUAUUAAACAAAUAAUUUGUUGACUUGUCAGAGCUGCUUAUAGUUUAUCUGAACCAUGCCAGAUAUCUGAUUGGAGCAAUAUAACUGAACUGUCCUGGUCUCGGUUUGUUGUUGUUGAAAGAUGCUAUCGAAGCUCCAGCUGAGCUGACAGGCUGUGAUUGGCUGAUUCGGCAGAUGCAGGGAUUGGUUGCUUUCAUCUGUACAGGGUAUUGAUUGGCUGGUUUUGGUGGAUAAUAAAAUAUGUUUGGACCAAUUGUGUCUUUGUUUAGUAAUUACUGUAGAUGUGAACUAAGCUUAAAAAUACACAGUCAAAAUGAAAAAGUCGGUACUUGCACGGAUUGAUAUUAAAUAGCCUAGUGACCUUCCAGUGGGCAUCUACUGUGUAUUAAUGCCUGCUAUAGCUGGAAGCUGAUGACCAAUUUGCAUUUAAUUUAUGCAUGAACAUAUAUGUAUACACACAAAAAACCAACAAAUUGUUUUCAAUACAUGUAAAAUAGAAGUUAUUUCCAGAUGGUGUCCCUGCUGUCUUCUGGUUUUCAUUCUAACUGAGCUCUCAGUUACUUAAUUAAAACCUUAACUGAACUAUAAUUUGAUAACUUUUAAUUGUUAUCAGCUA